GUCAUGACGUCAUCAAAAAAGGACAGCGGGCUAAUCUCGCAAUCGUAAACAAAAGGAAAUUUUAACCUUGCAGUUUUUCUACUCCUGGAAAGUCUCUCCGCACAUAGACCUUUGCUUAAACAGCUAGCGACAUUGUCAUAAUAUUACAGGGCGAAAACAUGGUGGAUAUACGCACAGCUGUACGGUCAGAGUCCUUAAAUAAAAGCUCCGAUUAUGAACCUGUGAUUACAUUAAUAAACAAGAAGCACCAGCCCAAUGAGACCCAGUGUAAAAAUAGCCAGAAUAUCACUAGACACGAUUCAGGUUUAGAUGACACUUCAGAUGAUGAACCCUUGACAAAGUUGGAGAGACUUCCCAGACCUAAAAAAGCCACUGUACAAGCAAAGGGGCAAGGGACUACUUAUAUCAAAAGAGGAACAGGUAAUGGCAUCCAGAAGACAAAGAACAAGAUCGCAGGUUCAACCCAGGAUGAGGACUCCUAUGACAGCUCAGACAAUGAACCCUUGAUAAAGAUGGUUAAACAGACAUCGUUGCCAUUCAAAAAGAGACCCUUCAACACAGCCAGAGAGGUUAACGAUGUGAAGAGCAGAAAUAACGUCCAGAACACUCAAAACAUAUGCACAGACUCAUCAGGUGACAGCUCCGAUAAUGUGCCACUGAUCAAGAUGGUAGACAAGCUGAAGACACAAACCCGAACAAAGACACUCCCUACAACAGCCAGAGAAACACCCAAAUCCUCCGAUGACAGCUCAGAGGAUGAACCAUUGAUUAAUCUAACCAGGUCUCCAUCUAAAGACACUGUGAGGACAAUACUGAAGAGCUGUGUUGCUAAAGAAUCCAACAGCAACAACUGUAGUGAAAGAAAAGGCAAAACCAGCAGAGAGGAAGAGGUGAAUUCUGAUUCUGAUGACGAGCCCUUAAUAAGCCUAGUUAAAAAGCCUCUUAAAGCUGUAAAGAAGACCACGACACCAGCGAAGAAGAGUGUGCCAGGAAAGACAAACAAAGCAGUCAACAGAUGGAGCACCAACAUUGUUCAAAGCACAAGUGAAGGGUCUUUGGAUGAUAGAUUAGAUGAUGAGCUGUUGAUCAAGAAGAUGGUGAGGAAUCCAUCAAUGAAGACCCUGAUGGUUAUUCUGGAGAGGUGUGAAACUAAAGAAGCCUUGGAAGAUUACUAUAGAGCCAAUGUGGGAAACGCAGGCGAAAGAAGUGCAGAAGCUAUGGCAGAGAAGAGAAAUCGGUCACAAGACUGCUCUGACGAUGAACCUUUGAUAAAGAUGGUUGGAAGCCCAGAGUCAUGAUUAUGGACUUGUAUAGAUACCGGAAUAGUAUUUCAUUUUAGGAUUUUUUAAAUAUUGCACCUUUAUUUAACUAGGCAAGUAUGUUAAGAACAAAUUCUUAUUUUCAAUGACGGCCUAGGAACAGUAGGUUAACUGCCUGUUCAGGGGCAGAACGGCAGAUUUGUACCUUGUCAGCUUAGGGGUUUGAACUUGCAACCUUCUGGUUACUAGUCCAACACUCUAACCACAAUGCAUUACAGCAUUCAGUAACAAACUUGUCGAAGAUGGCACAAUAGUUACUGACACAACCACUUUUUUUCUUGCUUGAGUUUACUGUGUUAUGGUGAAAAUAAAUGUGUGCUGUCUAACUAUUAGGUGAUUUGGGAUAACUAUUUUCAUUUUUUAACCUGUGUUUUUCUAACUUAUUUAUUUUUGUAUCAUGUUUACCACAUGGACGUUCGUGGUAGCAUGUUUUAUAGUAUAUUUAUGGCCAUGCAAAAGUUCAACAAUAGGCCUGAUUAUUUUUAAUUGUUGCCAAUUAUGGGUCUCCAGCUUAAUGAAUUAGAGUACAUUUGUGAUUAAUAGGGAGGAGUCAGGUACUCAAUUUCUUUUGACUAGAAUGUACCAUCAAAUAGGGAGCAGUACUAUUCAUUUUCAAACACUGAAACUGUAGAUGUGCUUGUCACAGUCCACACGUAAUUUUGUGAAAUUACGUUCUAAAAAAAAUAUUCAUGAAUUGUUUUCACAAUUUUAAUUAAAGAACAGAAGUUU